AUGCCAGGGAAAUAUAAUGAUUCAGUAAUAUCUUUCAAGACAGACUCAGAGCCCGAAGACGAGAGCGAGAUUGCGGCUCUCGAAGAUUUUACGCAGUCACAUGUAGAUGUUGACUUCUCCGACGAUGAGGGAUCUACCUCAACCGCUCCCCAUAUUUCUUGGCGACGACCCUCGCAGAGCUUCAUCAGAAAUCAAGCUAGAGAGCUCAAGAUAUCGUCAGCAUGCCGUAUAUGCGACCAGCCGGGACGACCCGAGGAGCUCAUAUUCUGCAGCGGCUGCGGAACACCAUGGCGACCAGCGCAUAAUAAAUGUCUAGCAAAGCAUCGCGCACAUGUCCCCAGACGUGUCAGACGCAGGUCAAGUCUAGGUGACGAAGAAUGCGAUGAGGUCGAUUACAUCGACUAUGUCUUCACGCGAUACCUACUCCGCCCGCCUUCACCAACCUCAAGGCCAGAGUUACACGCGAACGAUGUGACGUGCUCAUGGAUUGGAGUCCCUGUGUUCCAAAGCGUUGAUAGGCCGCAGAUUCAUAUCUGGAGUCGUCUUCAUGAUCUACUGCAGAUGUCGCGCACAGCCCGAAAGCGACAAUACCCCAACUUGAUCUCUUUCAUCGGAGAUACAGGCUCGGGGAAAAGCACCUUGAUUCGGACGAUGAUCAAAAUGGCUCGACCAGAAACACCCCAAGAUGAAUCUGUGCCGGUGCCUGGACUGCCAGAAGAUCGUUUCGUUUCGACGAGUAGUGAUAUUCACGCUUACGCCGACCCUCUCACCCUGUCCAGCAGGUCCCCAAUGGUAUAUGUCGACUCUGAAGGCUUUGUGGGGUCUGACCGGCCAGUCUCACAAGAAAUAGUCACGGCGCUAUCGGAACCAGGAUGGCUUCUUCAAUGCAAGUUUGGGACAAAUGCCGCUGAACACCGAGUCCAAAUAUUCUAUCAGGAGCAGCAAGACCGGCUACUGAAGAAAGUGAAUCAGUUUCUCGAUGGCGCGGAGAACAGAAUCAACGUUGACUGGGGUCGCUUGGACUACCCAGAUCCGCGAUCAUCUGUGGUCCCGAGAACAUCGAAUGGGCGAAGGUUGUGCCGUGUCCAGCAUAAUACUCGAAAACUCAUUGUCAGCCAUUUGUAUCCUCGGGUACUGUAUGGCUUCUCAGAUGUCGUAUGCUUUGUAACAACGAAUGGAAGAUCAUCGAAUACCUUUCUGGGUGAACUCAUUGACUGGGCACAAGAAUCACAUGACCGCAUUCUGAACCAGAGAAUGAAGCCUUCCCUCAUCAUAAUCAUCAACAAAGAUGUCGAGACUGGCCUGUACUCAAGCUCAUCGACAGACCCGACCGAGCAACUCCUUCGGAGCUUUGAAAACACGGAACGAUUUGAGAGCUUGCAGUAUCUUUGGGAGGACCGGGAACACCCUAUCAAAAGCACGGCGGAUCUUCUCAGGUGUUACUACAGCGACUUCAAAGUCGUCCUCAUUCCAGCCCUGACCCGCAAGAGUUCACCUGCCGAAGCCAUUUCAGUCAGCAAAAGCAUUAAAGAGCUUUAUGAAACUAUCAGAACUUCGGUUGCGAAGGUUCGGAACGCGAAGAUACACAACGGUACCGAGUCGGACUUGGCGACACUUAAUACGCACCUCAGCAGGUCGUUGAGUGUUUUAGGUCAAGAUCUUCGCGCUGCCCUUGAUCUUCAUGACAUAGUCAAGGAAGACUCGCCAAUUCCUACAGAGCUGAGUGACCACAUGGCUGCAACCCUUCAGCAAAUGUGCACAGCCCGCGGCCUCGAUAAUACUGAUGAAAUUGGAGGAGAGCAACAGCUUGUGGAUAGCUUUACUCCAUAUGUUGGCGCGUGUAUCAGUGCGCAGACCAGCUGCAUCGAAGACAACGGUACAGAACUCAUGAUGCUUAUACAAACCGUAAAGCUGAUAACAACAGAGGUUAGAAGAACCACGAGGGACAAACUAAUCACCGAAGCCCAACGCGGCCUCCAGAAAUUUCGAUGGCGUCAUUGGCGAUGUGAAGCGCUUGAUCCACAUGGCAGAAGACGAUGUCAGAAUUACUGCAAUGGGCAUGAGAAAGGACAUCAGUUCAAAUCCGACUCUACUAACAGAACAAUAAACAGCAUAAGAGACAAAUCUAGUGAUAGAUGCUCUUGGCAUCCCGAUAAGUUUGCUCGACGUCUUCGCGAAGAGAUAGCACGAUCACAGAGGGGAGGCCAAGCUAUUAAGAGGCUCACUUCGUUGGCGAGGGUAAUACGACUUACAGAGCUACAGAGCCAACGGACGUGUUUCACAUGCCUUUCCAACUGUCCUACUAACAUGCUUCCAUGUCAACGAUUUCAACACGGCAUCUGUCAGACUUGUCUUGAGAGAUUUGCUCGACAGACAAAUGGUGGCUCGAUAUUGGUGAUUGGGAAGUGCCCACUUGGCUGUGCUCUCAAGACUGGGACGUGGAGUAUCAGAAUCAAACCGAAAGCUGCUGGACCUCGUGUAUUGUCACUUGAUGGAGGAGGUGUACGCGGUAUUGUUGAGCUUUAUGUCCUGAGCCAGAUCGAGCAGCAAGUCGGUUACGGCAUAUCGAUUCACGAGCUAUUCGACCUGGUCGUUGGUACAAGUACAGGUGGCAUUGUCGCGUUAGGGGUAUUUCAUGAGCGAUGGUCAACGCGCGAUGCUAUCACAAGAUUCCAGGCCUUGGCAAAGCAAGCAUUCACUCUCCGACUCGGUCUUGGUAACUCCUUCAUUAAGACAAUGGUGCAGCCCUUUUACACGUUUAGAUACACAAGCGACGGCAUCGAAAACGCCUUGAAGCAAUCCUUCGGGAGAUCGCGAUUUCUCUUUGGACCAUCGAUGGAUCUCAAGACCAACUUCCGAGCGACGACCGGUGGAAAAGACUGGGUCAAGGUUGGCGUUGUGUCAUGCUUACAAGGUCGGGCGCAGCCAACGUUGAUUGCCAACUAUUCCAGAAACCCCAGCCGAGAUAAGGAUGACGAAGACUAUCUAUCUCGAGAAGAUGAGCAAUCUCGGGACUUCAAGAUUUGGGAAGCGGCGAGAGCAACCUCAGCAGCACCAGUAUUCUUUCAACCCUUCGUUCACAGUAAAACUCAGAGGUCCUACGUCGACGGUGCUCUUGCCUACAACAACCCUGUCUCUUUAGCCUAUUCCGAGGUCGAAAAGAUCUGGCCAGAUUCCCUUCCCCCGGAUAUUGUCCUCUCAAUCGGAACUGGGGUAGUCGUCGAACCAAAGUCUGGAAAGAUGAAAACGAAGCGAGAUUCAAAAGUAGAAAGUUUAAAAAAGCUUCUGCCUGGAGGUUACCGAAAGCAGAUCGAAGCAGGAUUAGGCAUAAUCCAAAGCUCCAUGAGCUGUCACGAAGCGUGGAGGGAGUUCAAAAGAUUGUCUAUCCCAGAACCUCGACUUCGAGACAAUUGCCAUCGCCUUAAUGUCGGGUUAAGACAGCGCGUCGAGAUGGAUGACGUAAGGAAGAUGGAGAUGCCUCUUGAAGAUUGUGAGAAAUACCUCUGUUAUGAUACCGAGACCAUGUACUAUAACAGAGGUUACAGAACAGCUUUUCAACACGUCCAAACUGUAUCGAAGCGACUCCUCGCAUCAUUAUUCUACUACGUCGGACCUCUUCAAGACACGAUGAAAGGAGGGAAAUAUGAGGGAAACAUCUUUUGCAGACUGGAGCCCGGAUCAGCGUCUGCAAGAAACUUAUUGCGAGAACGCAUUCGGUUCAGACUUGGGCAACUUCCGGAGAACAGUGUCAAUCCUGUGUAUUCCCGCAUGCAGCAUCAUCAUGACAGUGCAGGAUUUAAACCCAGGGAUUUAUCAGCUCAUGUGGUUUUCAAAGCUGCAGAUGGGACGUUUGAGCGGUACAUCGAGGUCAAUAUGCCUCAAUGGGAAGAAAUAUGGGAGCCAAUAUCAGGGUUUUGA